UCCGUAUGUGAUCACUGCUGUUAAGCGUGCGCUCUCUCGACCCAAUUUUCACACCGAUCGUGCAUCUAAAUGUUCAAAAUUUCAAAUCUGAAUUUUGCCAUCGAUUUUUCUUGUGAGGACUAAAUAAGAGGUACAGUACGUACUACUAUUUUCAGUACAAAUCGGCCAAUUGUACGUAUGAUUUUAUCAACUAAUGUCGUGUGGAAUAACCCAUACGUACUAGUGUUAUCGAGUUAACUGGUCGCCAGGACAUGGAUUAUUUGGGAUCGUCCAACGACAUCGUGCAUUUCAAAGCGGAGAUGAUACUCCACAGUACCCAGUUCGGUGAUCGCUAUCUUGGUCUUGGAGCAUCAAUCAUUCCACCCUAAAAAAGAAUUCAUUAAUUCUACCCAUAGUUGCAUUGUGGUCGGUAAACGCCUCGCCGGCCUAUAUCGGGACAGCACAUACAACACGGUCUCUGCCUAUGUUGGAGCCAGCCAAACCGGUAGCGUACGCCGGCGCGUGCAUCCAUGCGUGCCGGAGCACGUCAAGCUAGCAAAAGAUCUCCACAAAUCCAAGCAGCCGCAAGUGUCGCUUGGCUUCGACACAUAUACGAGCCCGCGUAGAAUCCUGACCGAUUCUGUUAAAAAAAGAAUCCUUACCGAUAUCAGAUUAUCAAUCAUCAUCUCCCCGUUCUUUAGAUGACAUAAUUAGGGCCGGCCGGUCAGCCCACACGUAUAAAUCAACAGCUCCAUUUCCAUAACGCCCGUAAAACUUGUCUGCGCCGGCCGGGGGAAAACAUGCUGUUCAAGUGCUUCGGGCCAUGCAUGCAGCAUCACCAUAGACAAGCCAGAGGACCUGAGCACCGUGAUGACCCGAAGGAGAUGAUGGGCACGGCGUCGUCGUCGUCGAGCUUGGACUUCCGGGAGGAGUACACGAGCGCGUUCCGCACCGAGUCCUACAACGACUUCUGGGCGCGCGUCCUGGACAUCACGCUCGCGCACGGCGCCGCGCUCGUGCCGGGCACCGGCAGCCACCACAACACGGCGGCAGGAAUAUCAGCCGCCUCCAAGCGUCUCUCCUCCUACAGGCUCUUCGCCGAGCACCUCCUCGAGCCCGACCAGGCCGCGGUCACCGCGGCUCUCGCCGCGUCCGGCAAUGGCACCACCACCAACGGCCUCCUCUCCGCCUACUACGCCGAGACCGCCGCCGCCUCCUUCCUCUGCAGCCACCUCCUCCGGGACAUCGAGCAGGUCCGCCUCCGCUUCCACCGACCGCUCAAGACCUCCCUCCGCAGCAACAACAACAACAACAAGCUCGCCGCGGUCGGCGUGUCCGUGUCCGGCACGGCCGCGCUGGCCGCGCUGGCGGCCACGCAGGGGAGGCUCGGGGACGCCCGGGCCAGCUCGGCGGACCUGCUGGGCGCCCUAGACGCCGGCAGGAAGAAGGCGCGCCGCAGGAUCAGGCGGCUCGCGCGGCUCCGGCACGCGCUCUCGGCGUCCUUCGUCACGGCCGUGGCCACCGUGGCCGUCGUGGGCGCCUGCGUCGGCGUGCACGUCCUGGCGGCCUUCGCCGCGUUCCCGAUGAUGAUGGCAUCAUCCCCGGCGCCGUGGACGAAGGGCGUCUUCUCCGGCAGGGCCGCGAGGCGCGCGCUGGUGCAGCUGGAGGCGGCGGCGAAGGGCACGUACAUCGUGAACCGGGACAUGGACACCAUCAGCCGGCUGGUGGAGCGGGUGCGGGAGGAAGGGGAGCACAUGCUGGCGCUGCUGCAGCUGUGCGUGGAGCACCAGGAGCAAGAGGGGAAAGGGAGCAGGCUGGUGCAGGAGGUGCUGAGGCAGCUGGGCAAGAACCAGGACAGCUUCAGGCUGCAGCUGGACGAGCUGGAGGAGCACCUCUUCCUCUGCUUCAUGACCAUCAACAAGGCCAGGAGCAUGGUCAUGAAAUUCAUGGCGGGCACAGGCCGGUGAUCAGGACCAGCCUGGACAACUUGUUCUUGUAGUAAACACUUUACUUUAAUUUAGCCUGUGUACAUAAUAGCAUUCUUAGAAGAAAAAAAAAAGAUAGGUUAGGAUUCCACUUGGUUUACUGCAUUUGGUUUUGUUUGUUCAUAUACAUACACACUGCACAUUGCAGAAUUUGAAGUAACAAUCUAGUUCAGUGUUUCCUUUU